UCAUACGCCAUAUUAUUCAAUACCUUAUCAUGCGUUUUGCUUUUUUAACUAAUUUCUUCAUUUUAUUUUAAAUUAUAUGUUGUGGAUGAAUAUAUAUAUAUAUAUAUAUAUAUAUAAUUAACAUCGAGGAUUAAAUUUAGUUGAUGAUAAUUUGAUUUUUAAGUCUAAAUUAAUUUGUUUUUAUUCAUAUUUAAAUUGAAUGAUUUAAUUUUAAAUAUAACUUAUGUUUAAGAUGUUCGAAUUCUUUCAAAUAUUUUUAUAUGAUUUGAUUUUUGAUUAAAUGUAUACUUCUUUUAAUUAUAUUUAAAUUUAUAUAAUAAUGGCGGGUCCUUUUGAACAAUACACUAUUAAUAUUGAUGGAACUAAAAUUCAUGUUUAUUUAAUACUAAAUUAUGACAUCCUUAUGCUAUAAGCAAGAUUAGACAAAAACAAAUUAGUCUGUGAUUUGCUAAGAUGAAAAAGAAAUUAUUUAUAUUUUUUAAUGAUUGUUGAUGUUAAAGUUAUAUAUCACAUGAUUAAUGAAAACAAAUUUAUAAUUUAAAAGAAAAAAGGCGUUUUACAGUGAGAUUAAAGUGUUCCACUACUUUAAACUCAAAGUCUUAAACUUUCGUGUCAUGUCCUGUUGGACGAAAAAGCUACUCAUCUCCGUUCUUCUCUCUGAGUCUUCCCUGUCUGCCACAGAUCUUGAACCGAAGUCAAUAACAAAAGAAGACUCCUAAAAUCCUACAGAAAUGUCUAAUCUUUUUUUGUUCAUUGCUAGAUCUUUCUUCAACCUAAGCUCUUUCAGCGUCUUGCUUCUGUUUUUGCUCUCUUUCUCAAGUUUCACUGCAACAGAAGCCUAUGAUCCUUUGGAUCCUAAUGGAAAUAUCACAAUCAAAUGGGAUAUCAUGAGUUGGACUGCUGAUGGCUAUGUUGCAGUUGUCACAAUCUUUAACUUCCAGCAGUACCGUCACAUCCAAGCACCAGGGUGGACAUUAGGUUGGAAAUGGUCUAAGAAGGAGGUGAUUUGGAGUAUGAUGGGAGGACAAACAACUGAACAAGGGGAUUGUUCAAGAUUCAAAGGGAACAUUCCACAUUGUUGUAAGAAGGACCCAACAGUCGUGGAUUUAUUGCCAGGAACACCUUAUAAUCAGCAGAUUGCGAAUUGCUGUAAAGGGGGAGUGCUAAACUCAUGGGUACAAGAUUCAGCUACGGCAGCAAGCUCAUUCCAGGUGAGUGUGGGGCAAGCAGGAACAACAAACAAGACAGUUAGAGUUCCAAAAAACUUCACUUUGAAGGCACCAGGGCCCGGUUAUACUUGUGGUCCAGCGAAAAUUGUGAAACCCAGUAGAUUUGUUACCGCGGACAAAAGAAGAGUCACACAAGCUUUGAUGACUUGGAAUGUUACUUGCACGUAUUCACAAUUUCUAGCUCAGAAAACACCUACUUGUUGCGUCUCUCUCUCAUCAUUCUAUAAUGAAACCAUAGUACCUUGCCCGCAAUGUGCUUGUGGCUGCCAAAAUACUUCUCAGCCUGGGAGCUGUGUAGACCCCAAAGCUCCGCAUAUAGCAUCGGUUGUUCCAAGUACAGGGAAGAAUAACUAUGCACCUUUGGUCCAAUGUACAAGUCAUAUGUGUCCGGUCCGAGUUCAUUGGCAUGUUAAGCUAAACUACAAGGAGUAUUGGCGGGUUAAGGUCACAAUUACUAAUUUCAAUUAUAAUAUGAACUAUACACAGUGGAACUUAGUUGUGCAACAUCCCAACUUCGACAAUCUCACCCAGAUUUUCAGCUUUAACUACAAGUCUUUAACUCCGUAUACUGCAAUAAAUGAUACUGCCAUGUUAUGGGGUGUUAAAUUUUACAACGAUUUGCUUUCCCAAGCUGGUCAGCUCGGUAAUGUGCAGUCAGAGCUACUUUUCCGAAAGGACAAAGCAACUUUCACUUUUGAGAAGGGUUGGGCUUUCCCUCGAAGAAUCUACUUCAAUGGAGAUAAUUGUGUUAUGCCACCGCCCGACGCCUAUCCUUGGUUGCCUAACGGCAGUUCCCAUCAGCUUAUCUCCACACUUAGUUUGUUGACAACUCUCUUGGCAGCAAUGGCAUUUUUAUUGGGAUAUGCAUAAAGUUCAACCAUUUUUAUACUGGGAAAUCUGGUAUGCUCCAAAAUUUUGACUGAAUCAGUUCGAUGUAGAAUGUGCGGCGUGAGAAGUUGCAGUUUGUGUCAGUUAGAGGAAGUCAAUGUGCAGUGGUGUCGUUUUAAUGUAUGGUCAGUGAAUUCACUCGUGCUGUUGUAUGUAUGCAUGUUCGAUUAUGUACUUAAACCAAUAACAAUGUUGAUUGUAGAAUUCCCACGAUAUUUUAUUACAGUAGUAACAGACAUAAAUCAUUGACAGAGAAA